AUGGAUCAAAACAACCCUCCUCGACGGCGACGCAGAGUUUCUAUUUUGACUUUGGUUGGGUUUAGUUUAGUUCCCACGAAUUUUCCGUCUUUUUGUAAAAAGCUAAAUUUAAGUAUCUGUCUGUUUAUACAAUUGGUUUGUGUUGGCUGCGCGUUUUCAGAGUGCAGAAAUGAGCGACUUCCCUAUAAACCCUCUCGUUUUAAUCGGAAUAGGAUCCAGUUUUGCCUGUUCAGGGCUGUUUUAUCAUUUAUACCAAGAGAAGAAAAGGGAGUUGAUGACGCUGAAGGAAAUACCAGUAUUCCGACCAGAUCAUCAUUUGGCGACAUUGUUGAAAUCAUCGCCCCACAGGAGGCUACAGUAUGCCGCAGUUGAAGGCCUGGUCCAGGCAGACGAGAAGCCUCUUACCAGCCAAUUUGUCCCAAGAUGCUAUGGUGUGCUGCAGAAGAUAAAAGUCGUGGAACACGGUGAAUACUGGAACUCCAUCUCUAAAACGUGGAGCCCUCGGCCGACAAACAGGAAAGAAACCAACAACUCUGUGCCCUUCUCUCUCAUCUGCCCUGGCUCCUACAUCGCUGACUUCCAUGUGCAGGUACAAGAUCCCUCAGAGGGCUCGGGGUAUUUCCUGGAGAGGAUUUACCACAGAGUAAGACGAGCCGAGGAGGGCUUGGUGAACGUGGUCUUGGAGGGCAUCAGCGGGGAGCGUGCGGUGGCGAUGGAGGAGAGCGAAGAGAUGCUGCGGGUGGGGAGCAGCCUGACUGUGUUUGGGGAGGUGGUCCUGGAGGGGGGCCACGGGAGCCUGCGGGCUCCGAGAGAUGGCCGAGAGUACCUCCUGGUUCCCACAGACUACAAGCGCUUCAUGGAGCAGCACGAGCGAUCGGCAAGCAUGUGGAAGAUGCUGACGGCCGUUACAGGCGUCAUUGGGGCCACCGUACUAGCCGGUGUGAUUUACAACAUGACGGGAAAACAAGAUGAUCGAUCCAAAUAGAUGUACCGUGAUAGUUAUUGCGGUCCUGUCUCAGGUUUGUCUCACAUUUGAAAUUUUUGCACUCUACUAAAUGGGGAAAUUAACAGAAAUGCCCCCUAUUCCGGUUGGUUCUAUUUCCCCUGGACAGAUACAAAUGUAAUCAUCAAUGAAGUAAUCAUGGACUGGGAAAGACCCCUGAAUCCAAACAUUCCCACUGACACCACAAAGUCUUCCCACAAAGGUGGAAGCCGUUGUAGCUGUGGACCAACUCCAUAUUUCUGUCCAUUUUCCCCUUGCAGGUAUAGCAGCCAGGUGUCCCAAUACUUUUGAUAAAUAACUGUGGGAUUUCAGGGUUUUCAUUCACAGCCAUCCCUGCGGAUUAACGUAAUGGACUUGAUUUAAAAAGCAAAAGCAAAAGGCUUUUGAUAACCAAAAGCAAAAGGCUUUUGAUAACCAUGUGGCCGCGUUUCAGUCGUCUGAGAUCGUAUCUGAGCCAACAUUCAACAAUUGAACAGUCGAAGAAAUGUGAACGGUUUCCAAGUUAUGAAUGGACUGCGGAUGAAAGUUUCAGAGGCAAUUGAUAAGGGAUCAACACUAACUUGCAAUGUCUGACUAAUUUUAUUUUUGCUUGUCUUGUUUUACACCGGACAAUGUAAUGCAUAUGAUUCACUAUCUCUUAGAUAAUAUUUUAAAUGAAUAAUUUGAUGUAGUAUCGUUGGUUUUCGGUGAAAAUGGUUUCAAACAGUGGCGUUGCGGUUGGAAUACAUGUGUCGAAACACCUCUCAAAAGCUGAAUUCUGCAACUGAAACAAAUUAAAGUUUCCACUUCUUCUC